AUGGGUGAUGGGAGGAAGGUGACUGGAGCUGGGAUGGGGGGUAUGGGGGAAGUCACAGGUACCAAACCAAGGACAUCCUGGCCUAGAAAGGCCCUGCUCAUCCUCGGGUUCCUCUUUGCUUUGGCUGCGAUUGCCUUAGUUGCGAUGGCAGUGAGUCAGAACAAGCCACUCCCAAAGAAUAUUAAGUACGGGAUUGUGCUGGAUGCUGGUUCGUCUCACACUAACUUGUACGUGUAUGAGUGGCCAGCGGAGAAGGAGAAUGACACUGGGGUGGUGCACCAGGUGGAAGUGUGUAAAGUAGAAGGUCUGGGGAUCUCGGGUUACUCCCAGGACACAGAGAAAGCUGGCCUCUCCCUCCAGCACUGCAUGAAAAGAGCUCAGGAAGUGGUUCCAGAACAGCACCACAGAGAGACCCCUGUCUACCUUGGGGCUACAGCUGGAAUGCGGCUGCUCAGCUUGCAGAACAGAAGUAUAGCUGACAGAGUCCUCUCUGCAGUGGAGAAGACGCUGCGCUCAUCCCCCUUCAACUUCCAGGGUGCCAGAGUCAUCAGUGGUCAGGAAGAAGGAGCCUAUGGCUGGAUCACCAUUAAUUACCUGUUGGGCAACUUCAAGCAGCCUGGCUGGCUGAACUUUCUGCCUCACCUGAGAUCCAGCCGGGGGACAUCAGGGGCCCUGGACCUUGGCGGAGCCUCCACUCAGAUCACCUUUGUACCGGACCAAGAGCCAAUUGAAUCUCAAGAGAACUCACUGCACUUUCGUCUCUAUGGCAAGAACUACAACGUGUAUACGCACAGCUUCCUGUGCUACGGGAAGGACCAGGCUCUGCGCCUGAAGCUGGCCAGUGACCUACAGAGCACACAGAAUGGCAGCCUCCUGGAUCCCUGCUUUCACCCAGGAUAUUUGAGGAUUAUGAAUAUAAGUGACCUCUACACCAACCCCUGUAUAGCUAAUGGUGAGCAGCAGCUUCCAUUCACACAGCUUCACCUCCAGGGGAACGGGGAUUACCAAAGGUGCCGAAUGACCAUCCAGAAGAUCUUCAACACUAGCUAUUGCCCUUACUCCAGCUGCUCCUUCAAUGGGAUUUUCCUGCCUCCGUUACAAGGGGAGUUUGGGGCAUUUUCUGCUUUCUACUUUGUGAUGAACUUUUUAAACCUGACGACAGAGAAGAGCCCAGUCUCUCUAGACAAAGCGACCAGCACUGUGGAAAGCUUCUGCUCCAGACCUUGGCACGAGGUAAAGGCACAAUUUCCCAAGAUAAAAGAGAAGUACCUGAGUGAAUAUUGUUUCUCCGGGACCUACAUCCUCUCCCUCCUGGAGAAUGGCUAUGGAUUCACCAUGGAGAAAUGGCAAAACAUCCAGUUCCUUGGAAAGAUUGGCAGCAGUGACGCAGGCUGGACUCUGGGCUACAUGCUGAACCUGACAAACAUGAUCCCUGCAGAGAAGCCCCCGACACGCCCUCUCUCCCAUGCCAGUUAUGUGGGGCUCAUGGUGUUCUGCUCUCUCGUGUUGGUGGCUGUGCUCCUGCUUAGCUGGCUUGCCUUCCACAAACCAAAGUGCCUGCAGAAGGGACUCAUUUAG